AUAUGGAUGAUGGUGAAUUAGAUGAUGGAACAGCCGAUUGUCGCAGAGACCGUGAAAAGGCGGAGGCAAACGGACGUCAGUGUUUACGAAAGUGCAAAAACGAUUCCGAUUGCAUUAGUGCAAAGAAGAGGUGCUUGUGUGAUGGCUUGUGUGGACUGAGCUGUGUCAGACCAGAUCUACACUGUCAGCCUCUCUUACCUCCUCAAAAUGGCAAAGUCCAAGUAAUUGGGGAGAUGUUUGGACAGAAAGUCACCUACGGCUGCAACGAGGGCUACUGGUUGUUUGGCAAUUCGGAAAGGGUAUGCCAAGGAGAUUUUACUUGGAGUGGUUCUGAUCCUGAAUGCAAGAUCAAGGGAGCAAUGUGUGGAUCACUUCCUCUGGUUCCCCACGCUAAGCAUAGUGCACCCCUGGACAAAAGUGACUUUCCGAUCGAUUCCAUGGUGCAAUAUAGUUGUUUUCCUGGUUAUGACCCGAGAGGAUUUCCCAAGGCGAAGUGUCUUCACUAUAAUGGAACUGCACAAUGGUUUGGGCCUGACUUCCAUUGCAUACCGAGAAACUGCAGUCCGCUCGGUGAAAUUGAGCAUGGCCGAAGAGACGGAAAUACAUUUACUUUUACUAGUCGUGUCACCUAUCACUGUAACGUAGGCUACGAACUAGUCGGACGAGCCCACAGGUACUGCCAGGCCAAUGGUAAAUGGUCCGCCAUACUUCCUUCCUGCAGACCUGUACAGUGCCCCAUUCCAGCCGAUCCUCCAAAUGGUCGUGCUCUGUACACUUCUGUUUCUUAUAAUUCUGUUGUAAAGUACGAGUGUAGGUAUGGUUACCGCCUAGUGGGUCCUGCUACACGAACGUGCAAUACAAGUAAGCAGUGGGAAGGAUCCGAUCCAACAUGCGAAGAAAUCGUGUGCGAAGAUCCAGGACCUUUUUACAACGGGUACUUUGAAAGCCGCAGUUAUAGCCUCGGGUCCAAUGUCAUCUUCCGUUGCUUCGAUGGCAUGAAAAUGGAAGGCUCCCCCGCCACUACAUGUGAAGAAGAUGGAAACUGGUCACAGCCAAUUCCUAAAUGCUUAGCUCCCUGCAUUGUACCAGAAAUGGAACAAGGUAACUUCACAGACUAUCCACCGGGUGCCAGAGUGCUUCAUGGUCUGGAGAUCAACAUCACAUGCGAAAAUAGGUACGAUGUCGUUCACAACUCUACCCCUGUCGUAUGUAACAACGGCACUUGGACUCAUGUUCCAGCUUGCGUACCAGCAAAGUGUCGGCACUUACCCGAAACACCGAAGCACGGCCUCGUUAUUGCUCCUAAGAUUGACCAUGGCAUGAAGGCACGUUUCCUUUGUAAGGACGGUUACCGGCUGGUUGGAUCCAAUGUCACUGAAUGCCAUUAUGGACAAUGGACGCUUCCAACACCUGUCUGUAAAGAGAUUUAUUGCCCUUAUCCUGGUGUGCUGGAACAUGGUCGAGUUUUGCUGGUGGGAUACAUGGGAAUGUAUGAUUAUAGACCUUACGUAAAAAGAGUCACGAAUAACCGGCAGAUAAUGUAUGAGUGCCAUCGUCACUAUACCUUGAAAGACGGUCCCCCUGGUGCUACCUGUGUAGACGGACAAUGGAGUCCGAAGCAAUUGCCAAGAUGCGUGCGCGGAUCACACCCUGUCCUCACCACCCAGAGAAGAAGACGGAGAGAACUAUUCAGAUGGCGUAUGAGACGUUUAGAUAUAAGAGACGUUGAAAACAAAGAAGAGCAAAGCAAAGAAAUUUUAAUAAACGCCAAUUGCCAUCAGUUACCUGAAAAGCCAAAACACGGCCUGGUUGUAGCAUCUGGAACUGACCAUGGCGUGAAAGUUUUCUUCAUUUGCAAAAAGGGUUACCAGCUAAUUGGAUCCAAUGUCACUGAAUGUUAUGAUGGGCAAUGGACGACUCCAACACCUGUCUGUAGAGAUAUUUCUUGUCCUUAUCCUGGUGUACUGAAGCACGGUCGAAUUUUGACAGUGGGGUACACGUCUACGCACAUUUACAUACCUUAUGUGACAAGAAUCGGCCACAACCAACAGAUAAUAUAUGACUGCCACCAUCACUACACACUCGAAGAUGGCCCACCUUUUGCUACCUGUAUAGACGGCCAGUGGAGUCCAAAAGAAAUGCCAAGAUGUGUAUCCGAAUCGCACCCUGACCUCGCCACCCACAGGAGAAGAAGGGAACUUUUCAUGAGGCGUAGAAGACGUGGAGGGAAGAGGAAAAGGAGAGGCAAGGGUGCGCGAAGCAAAGAGAGGAUAAUUAAGGAGCCAUGUUCUCUUGGCGAAACGAACUGGAUGGAGGUAGAGAUCAUAAAAAUGGGGAGAGGCAAUGACUCGCUCCCGCACGGCACCGUCAUCAACGUCACGUGUUCAGAAGGGCAUAAACUCAACAUCGGAAACCGGACAGCCAGGUGUGUGAGAGGAAAGUGGAAACCCAAGGAGCCUGUAUGCGAGACCUUGACUUGUCUGGUUCCUUCAACCCCAAAUGGAAUCUACAAUCACCUACAGAGGACGUUGAUCGAGAAUGAAGAGGUUCCUCAUUCUGAAAUUCUGACUUUUACUUGUCUGCCGGGAUUCGAGUUGAUGGGCGUGGAUUCUCUCAGAUGUUGGUACGGUAACUGGGCCAUCGACAAUUUCCCCUACUGUGCAGCAAAGCCGUGUGAACUUCCUGUCAUACCUCAAGGUCAUUAUUUGGGUGGUUAUAGAUCAGGAUUGACAAUAUCUCAUGGGUCCUCAAUUGACUACAAUUGCAAGCCCGAUUACGUGAGGGUCAGCGAAGAGGCAAUAUACUGUUCUGAGGGGAUCCUUAAACCUCAUUCACCGGCAUGUCAACACCAUUCCCUGAAGCAAGUGUCAGUCAUUUCGCCAGAUAGCGAUAGCAUUCAAGAGACAGAUAUUCGACCAGGAGGUAACGGAAUGGAUAUGCCUCCAGGAAGCGGAUGGCGUUCCUGUGGGCCUCCCGAACGGCAACAGAAUACCCUGCUCUAUCCUACGCACAAAGCUCUGAGUGCUUCUGCCAUUUCUGUGUCGACAGAUCCCACUGAUUCGGAACAAAGCGGACAAACUAGAUGGUUUGCACAUAACACAGAAGUCCGGUUUAACUGUAUCCGUGGUAUCUACGGAGAGAAAACAACGUGGAAAAUAGUCUGUGAGAAUGGGAACUGGGUGGGAGGAGCCUACAAAUGUGAAGCUGAGCCUGAGCCUCCUCCAGAUGAGGAUCGGCGCAACAAGUCAUGCAUCUUCUAUAACACGGAGCCUAAUUUGGUGGCGUUCCUUGGAGACCAGAUGAUUGAGGAGGAGGAAACAGAACAUCCUCCACACACAGAACUUGUUUUCCGCUGUAAGGAUAUCGGAAAGUACAGCUUGAUCGGAAGUGUGAGAAGGAGAUGUGUGCAUGGCGAUUGGGAUGGCGUGAAACCUUCCUGCUAUGGACUGUCGCAGGAAAAUGAUUAUGCAUUGGAAAAGCCACCGACUAUCCUGUUUCGGCAUCAACUGGGACCCAUAGCUCAAAGCAACGAGGGAAAACUAAUAGUUUAUCCUGGAACCAUUCUUCAUCUGGAAUGCUUAUGGAUUCGGAAGUAUGGGAUUCCCCACUGGCAAGUCAGUCAUUCCUAUAGGAAGUAUCCUGAAGGAUGGACUAACGAAGUUGGUCGAGAUCCUCAACUAGAAUACCGACUUUCUAUUUAUCACGCUCAGAAAGACGAUUCUGGGCGCUUUACGUGUAUCACUCCUAUGGGGCACAGACACUCUGUAGAUAUUGUUGUGGCUGCGGUUCACUGUCCUCAGAUACCACCGACUGCUGGUCUUCAAGUGAGCAACCCCAGCACAAAGUUAGAUACCAAAGUCGUAUUCUCUUGUCGUGAAGGUCAAACACUUCUCGGAAGUGAACAAGCAACGUGUCUGCCAUCUGGCAAUUGGUCUGCUGAGCCGCCUUUGUGUCAGGUGACAGAGUGUCCCGAUUUAACGAAUGACACUUCUGAGUUGCUGAUAGCAGAAGUAUCUGGUCGCACUGUCGGUUCAAAAGCCACUUUCUCUUGCCCUACCGGAUAUGGUCUGAGGGGUGACGAUACAUUGCAAUGCCUUGACACUGGACAGUGGUCUGCAGCUGUGCCAUACUGUGAAGAAGUGAUCUGUGAGUCACCGGAAACGCCAAAGAAUGGUUUCCUGCAAAGCGUCAACAAGGACAAAUAUCGAGGAGGAGAUGUUCUGCAAUAUGCAUGUGACGCUAACUUCAUGAUGAAUGGCACACCAAUUAUCAUAUGCCAAGAAAGCAGCAGAUGGUCAGGUCCUGUACCUACAUGUGUAGCAGCUUGUCAGUACCCUGGAACAACACAGGGUGCCACAAUUUCCAACGUUCAGUUUUUUUACAGUAUUAAUGAGACGGUGACAUUUAAUUGUCCUGAAGGAUUUGAAUUGAGAGGAGCAAAAAUGCUUAGAUGUCUUGAAGAUGGCAGAUGGUCAAGUGAAACACCCAGCUGUCACUCUACAAGGAAAGGUUAAAUACAAAGAAAACAAGGAACUUGGUCUUCCAUGACAUCAUUUUUAGACAAAACAAAACAAGGUGCUUUAGUUCCUCAACAUGUGGUACUAGCAAGUUGAGUGAAUUAGUAUAAGAACCUACUAUAUAAAUGAAAGAGGCUGAAUGCACCAGAUAUUUUAGCGAAAUAACAAUAAAAAAUAUUUAAGAGAAAAAAAAAAGAAAAUACAUCAAGGUGCCUCUUAUAAAAAAUAUAAUUGAAAUGAAUGAAAAUAAAAGAAAUCAAAGAAAUUUCACUCAAUAAGUAGAACAGGUACUGUUCUGGUGAUUCUGAAAAAAAAAGAAAACCUUAUUUCGUUAAAUAGUAAAUCAGAAACAAAAAACCAAAUUAAUAAACUAUUUCAGCUUCGUAAGGAUUUUCAACACCCAACUAUCAAAUUUUACAGCAUUUGGAGAGAAAUUUAAAAAAUUCAGGGAAUAUUAAUAGGUAGAAAUGCUAAAGCGCAAUAAAAGUAUGUUAAUGUUCUUUUAAUCAUAACAUCUACUCCAUCUUUGUUUCCAAGACAGCUUUAAAGAAGGUACGACUGCUGGUACCAUAUGUUUCCCAUACCUUUGAUUAAAAUACAUCUCAGUAGUUUCAGGCAUGUAAAAUUUAGUUCAUAAAACUUUGCUGUUGAAAUACUGGAAAGUAUAUCAACAAAUAGCGACAAAUGUGUUCAUCUCUAGUUUCAAAGUCAAUAUGUUGAAGGACUCACUAUAAUGGGAUCAAUAUUUGCUGCAUUAAAGUUGGAAAUCAUUGCUGAAUGUAAAUUAUUUUCGAUUAGAAAGGAACAAAUGUUAGAAUGGAAUGGAUAUUUUCAUCAACUGUCGCCGUGAUGUUUGGCUACUACUUUAACAAAACAAACAUGUGGUGUAGUACCCACAUACAAGCAACUACUUUGUGCCUAAGACUUUCAAAUCGAAUUCAAUGUUUCAAUGGAAUUCUAAAAUUUCUGCAGUUUUAGUCACUUAAAUGUUCAUAAAUAGAACGAGAGAAAGACGUUUACUUACGUGUUUUAAAGGCGAUUUUACUGCAUUUAUGUUUAGAGACAAGAUAGUAGUUUUAAUAGCUGAGAAAAAUGUAUUUUCUUGUAUAUUGUUAAGUAAACCUUUAGUGAGAAUAUUUCGUACUGUA